AUGUCAGAACCGGAUGGAAUUUCACCUUCGGCUUCCUCCCCUACCAAUCAACGUUGGCGAGACCACAGGCGGCUGUUCUCCAAGCACUUCCAUCCUGAUGUCCUCCACCGCUAUUGGCCGGCUCAGCGCGCAAGUACUCUACAACUUCUCCAAAGACUCCUUGGCAACCCGGAGAAUAUGAGUAGACAUGUCCGCUACAUGCGUGGUGCUACGAUCAAUGGAAUCACGUAUGGGCUACAAGUGGCCGAAAGUAACGACAGGUAUAUUGGCGCUUUCGAAUCAGGAAACAAGAGUCUGGAGCUGCUCAUAGCGGUUACAUUUGUACUGGACUUCUUGCCAGCACUAGGAAGACUCCCGGCAUGGCAUCCCGGUGCAGGCUUCCUUCGAUACCUAGAGCAUGCUCUCCAAGGAACGUGGCAUCUUCGCAACGUACCGUGGUCUGCGGCUCGGGAAGCAGUCAGCGCAGGAAGAGGGCGCGGGUGUAUAGCUCAAGCAAUAAUAGAGCAAUCUAACCGUCCCGGCCAUAGCACAGCAAUGCAUGAGGAGGAGCAGAUGGCACGAGAUGUCGCAGGGGCAGUCUACAUCGGCGCAAUGGAUACGUCGUACAGCGCGAUCUGCAACUUCUUCGUGGCGAUGUCACUUUUCCCCGAUGUGCAGAGACACUCUCAGGCUGAACUGGAUGCCGUCGUCGUGUCUGGCCGUCUUCCCGAACUUACUGACCGCGACGCCCUUCCGUACACGAAUACUAUAGUGAAAGAGAUCUUGCGAUGGAAUACCAUCGGCCCUCUUGGUAUCGCUCAUUCCAGCACUUCGGACGACGAGUACCGUGGAUACUUCAUACCCGCGAAGAGUACGGUUAUGGUAAACAUAUGGUCUAUACUGCACGACCCGAACGUGUUCCCGGAGCCGGAGAAGUUCAAUCCGGAACGCUUCUUAAAGGAUGGACAGCUCGACACUAGCGCGAUCCGAGACCCGGCUGAUCUCGUGUUUGGCUUCGGUCGUCGGUUCGUGUUUGAUCCUCACAUUUUGCUGAUACCACUCUUCAUGAUCAUCGCCUCGGUGUUGCGUGCAUUCACCAUCAGACCUCCCCUCGACAAGAAUGGUCAGUCAAUCCGCAUUCAACCGCGGGCCACAUCCACGCUUGUUUCGUGA